UUCUAUUGCUCGAACGCAUUUUGUGUUUUAUCUUCGUAUCGAACGCAUCUAUGCAAGUUUUUAGUUUCGUUUAAAGAAAUAAUGGCUCGUACCAAACAAACCGCUCGUAAAUCAACUGGUGGAAAGGCGCCACGUAAACAAUUGGCUACUAAAGCUGCUCGUAAGAGUGCUCCUGCUACCGGUGGAGUGAAAAAACCUCAUCGUUACAGGCCUGGAACUGUAGCGCUCCGUGAAAUUCGACGAUAUCAAAAAAGCACCGAACUUCUAAUUCGAAAAUUACCAUUCCAACGUUUGGUUCGUGAAAUUGCUCAAGAUUUCAAGACAGAUUUAAGAUUCCAGAGUUCUGCUGUCAUGGCUCUUCAAGAAGCCAGCGAAGCUUAUCUCGUUGGUUUAUUUGAAGAUACUAACCUGUGUGCAAUUCACGCUAAACGUGUUACAAUCAUGCCGAAGGACAUUCAGUUGGCUCGUCGUAUUCGUGGAGAAAGAGCCUAAUUGUAGCUUUUUAAAAACAAAUCGGCCCUUUUUAGGGCCAAAAUUUUUUCUAAUGUGGCAACUCGAUGUUCAUUUUUUUAUAGAAAUGUAUAUAUUUUAUUUAUUAAAAAAAUUUCCU